CAAAUCAGUGCAGAUGCAACAUUGUUUUAUGCUCAAAAUCUGCAACAUUUUAAUUGCCAUUUGAUAUGAAUAUCGAUUGAAAUUGAAUACAAACUGUCUGUACAAUGGAAAAUAUUGGUUUUCAAAGAAAAUCCAAAGGUUGAUUGUUUAAUUGAAUAAAUUACCGUGCAGUGUACUAAAAUCGUAAUAUUACAGUGAAAAUAUGUUCUUUUAACAACUGCGUUUUUGUAAAUUUACGUAAUUUAACAGUCGCAGUUUAUUUCUAUUUAUUUAUUUAAAUUAUUAGUUGUGAAAAUGAAGUGGCAAUUGCAAUGGAAAAUUCGCGUCCCUUGGGGAACGCUGGCAUUAACUAGUCGCGGCCAUCCCGACGGUGAGCCGGUAUUCUGUGUUCACGGCAGGCAGGACAGUUCAUCCGUGUUCGGGCCACUAGUAGAUCUGAUGCCUAACAUGAAUCACUAUGUCUGUCUGGAUAUGCCUGGAAAUGGCUUGUCCGAUGGAUUUCCUCCAGGUCCAAAGCUGAUGCGGUUCCAUUUUCUGAUGGCCAUGGAGCUGGCGAUAGCUCACCUCGGGUGGGACCACUUCAUCUUCAUCGGCCACUCCAUGGGCUGUGAGCAAGGGCUAUUCUUCAACGCCAUCCAUCCGAACAGGAUCACGAAGAUGGUCCUCCUGGACGCGAACCCCACUCUGAUGCGGAUGCAGGUGGAGGACCCCGCGGAGUACCAGCGCGCCUUCUUCGACAACUACUACGAGCACUUCCAUAGGGAGAACUUUGAGAGGAAGACCCACACCAGGGUAUCAGCGAUGCGGUCAUUAGCUCGAGCUCGGGAUCUGAACGACAGUCAAUGUGCUGAUCUACUUCAGAGGAACUUUCAUAGUAAGAGUGAAGCCGCCCAAUGGCAUCCCAUAGAGAAAUGGCACCCGAACGAAGCGAUAGCACCUCGCGUGAUGCUCAUUCUGAACGACAAAGACAGAAUCACCGAUAUUAUCAAGGAGUUUACUAAGGAAGAGCAGAGAAUUGCCAAGCUGACGGGCGUCAAGCCCAACCAGGCGGAUAGAGGGAAGAGGCUCACUGAGUAUAUCGUGAGGAACCAGUUGGGUGUGGUCGACAACAGCCGGCCGAAAACUCAAAUGAAUGAGGAAGCAUUUAGGGAAAUCAUGGAAAAUGAAGAUUAUGGGUACCUAUCAUGGGAUAACCGUCUCAAAAAUCUCGCGCCAACGAAUUAUGGCAACGAGUAUUAUUUUGAAAUUUUCAAAAAUAUUCCCCCGACUCUACUCGUUCACGCCAGCGAUGGCGCGAAAAAUAUCCCCCGGGAUAACAAUUGGCGGGAAGGCGCCAAACAGCUGCUCGACAAAAUGGCGUCCUUGGAGAAUUUCCACAGAGUAAAUGUUGAAGGAUUACAUGAUGUGCACUAUACGCAUCCAGAGAAAGUAGCACCGCAUGUUAUUAAGUUUUUAGAAAAUAAAGUGAAUAGUAAAUUAUAAUUUUUUGCU